AUGCUCUGCUCCCUCCUCCUCCUUCUUCUCCUCCUCCUCCUUGUCCUGCUCUUCUCUCCUCCUCCUCCUCCUCCUCCUCUCCCGUCUUUGCCUCUCUCACAGCCUAGUUUUCUUUUUUUUCCCUCUUCAAUCUUGUGUGUGCAGGUUGUAUCUGACGGAGGGACCGGUGCCGCUCUCCCAUCCCCGCGCUCCUUCAACAACAACACUGGUUCAUCAGCACCUGUGGCAGCAGCAGCGAGUCGAGUGACCCAGCAUCAGCCCGACCGGCUUUACCUGUACAUGGAGACCCCCAGCUGGGCAGGAAACACGUUGUGUAAGUCAGGAAGCAUUGCUGUCUUCGGGAACGUGGUGUACAGCGGACUGCUGAACGAUCACCUCUGGCAUUUGGGAGUGCCCCUCUUUACAAGACUGGGUAACCAAGAGGCCACCAACCCCCCGGAAGCGAUGGCCCAGCCGUACACCCCAGCCCAGUACCCUCCCCCCCCACAGAAUGGCAUCCCCGCUGAGUUUGCGGCGCCACACCCGCUCCCGACGCAGGACUACACCGGGCAGAGCCGGGUCCCCGAGCACGCCAUGACCCUCUACACGCCCACACAGACGCACAGUGAGCCGGCCGGCACUGACAACAGCACGCCUGCCAUCACCGCCACCACGACCGCACCGGUCAGUGUCCUCCAUCACCUGCAAACACUGUUCUCAACACGCUGUCAGCAAACAGAUGAUGUGACGCAAACAGAGGGCUCUCAGCAGCUCCAGCUCCAGCACUCAGACUCUUCAGAGAAGCAGCAGCCCAAAAGGUUACAUGUCUCCAACAUUCCCUUCCGCUUCCGGGACCCUGACCUAAGGCAAAUGUUUGGGCAAUUUGGAAAGAUUUUAGAUGUGGAGAUUAUCUUUAAUGAGCGAGGAUCCAAGGGCUUUGGGUUUGUAACUUUUGAAACAAGCACAGAUGCUGAUCGUGCACGGGAGAAACUAAACGGUACAAUCGUAGAGGGACGCAAAAUAGAGGUGAACAAUGCAACAGCACGAGUGAUGACAAACAAAAAGGUGGCCAACCCUUACACGAAUGGCUGGAAGCUGAAUCCAGUGGUGGGAGCUGUCUACGGUCCUGAACUGUAUGCCGUAACAGGGUUUCCCUACCCUGCCACAGGCGCUACCGUGGCCUAUAGGGGUGCCCACUUGCGAGGUCGGGGGCGGGCUGUGUACAACACGUUCCGCACAGCUCCACCGCCACCGCCGAUCCCAGCUUACGGAGCGGUGGUGUACCAAGAUGGCUUCUAUGGUGCAGAGAUCUAUGGUGGCUAUGCAGCAUACAGAUUUGCCCAGCCCACCACCACCGCUGCUUACAGUGACAGCUAUGGCAGAGUCUAUGCAACAGCAGACCCCUACCACCACACGAUUGGCCCUGCAGCCACAUACAGUGUGGGGACUAUGGCUAGCCUAUACAGAGGAGGGUACAGUCGCUUCACUCCCUACUAAAAGAAAGAAAAAAAGCGAGAAAAGACAGAGACAUUACCCACACAAAAAAACAAUCUUUAAAAGAAAAAAAAAAUACACAAAACAAGCAAACGCCCGGUCCUUCUUGGUGGAGAGCUAAAUCAAACUAAAAGCUUCCAGGUCCCCUGCUGAGCCCCUCCCCUGACUCCCUCUCAAGCCGAUAUUUCUACAACAACCUAUUUGAUGUCAUCAUUGUUCUGCUCUUGUUUUGUAUUCAUUUUUGUGCUUUUGGUUUUACUUUGGAAAGUUUUUAUGCACAUGUGCAUUAUCUUGACUGCUGUAUAUGGGUGCUGUGUCACCAUAACCAAUGUGAGCCUACUGCAGCACGCAUGAUGCAUGCUCAGAGGUGUGUGUAUGCAGCCGCCGUCAUCUGACUGAGAAUAUACUGGGGCAUUUUUUUUAUUCUACGACACAAACAUGACAAACAGGCAACACACCAGGUCCGAUCAGGUCGAUCUCUGAUCCAUUCCAAUCCCUUUUCUAACAUGUAACAUGCAGAUAAGAUGCUGACUGACAUGCCUCGGUGGUUCUUAGCUCAAAGACGGCUCUGCUCUGACUGCUUUUGUUUUCCUUUAAACGUUGGAGUGUCCUACUGUUGUGCACUUGCAGUGGAGCCUUACCAGCUGUACUAUGUGGUAUGACAGCAUGCAGAGUAAAGGGUCAUGCAGGUCAGAUUUCUGUCUUGAACUCACAAAGCUCACACUCUGGCCCGGUCUCCUGCACAUCACUGGACGUUUGUAUGCAACUAUUCUGCAACGGUGGUCAGGUUUUUCGGUGGAAAUGUAACAAAUAAGUACAACUGAAAGUAAACAUGUGGGAUGAGCGUGUUCCUUCCCCACCUACAGCAGCGUUUGCAUCACUUCUCGUGCUCGUACUGAUAUUUUUACAACUUCACACACCAAAUGAAGUGUUUUCUCUUUGCUGCCUAAUAUGACUUUACUCUGAGGGUUUUUUUUGUCUUUCAUUACACCCCGCUUGGUAAACAGCCACAGACUUUCUAAAAAUGUGUAAAAAAAUAUGUUAUUUGGCUGCUCCAGAAAUCACAGAAGACAUUAUAAACCAUUAGUUUAUAACGAGUCAACUUAACUUCACGUCGAAGAGGAACUUCAUGUCUUGUUUUUAAGUUGCCAUUCAAAAAUAUUGUAGAAAUAAUCUAUUUAUUAAAGUUAGCACUGAAUAUUUUGCCGUUUGUAAGAAUAUAGUUCUGUCUCAGAUGUCAGCAACGCUUAAAAAUGUAUUUUUUUUGCGACAAUUCUGCUGAAAUAUUGUAUUCAUAGAAAUGACAUAUAAAUUAAGAGAAGCAGAAUAUUUUAACACAAUAUAAUACAGAUUUAUGAAGCAGACUGUAGCUUGUAUAUAGGAUUUAUUACACACUGGAUUCAUGCAACGAGUCAAUUAACUGGUUAGUCAAUUGUAAGAAAAUUGUUACGUUAAUAACCGACUAAUCACUGGAAUCAAAACUUAAGAAAAAUGCACAAAACUUACUUUAUUAUUUUAUUAAUUGAAUCUUUUUGCCGUCACCUUUUGAUGCUCCUCCUGAGCCUUCUGUAGAUGUGAUGCUGUCUGAUAAUAGAAUACAUUACAAAUAUUAUUUUCACAGAAUUGUAAGACACAAUACAUUACAGAUUUAUGAAACAGACUGUAGCUUGUAUACAGGAUUUAUUAAGCGACUGGAUUAAUGCAACGGAAGAAAUUGUAAGAAAAUUGACAUUUCAGUAACUAAUCAAUAAAAUUAAAACUCAAGAAAAAUGUGAAGAACUUGUAUUGAAAUGUCUAAUAAUGAAAGACAUUUUAAAGUUUUUUUCACAGAAACUACAUGUAAAUAUGUAGCAGCAGAAUUGUUCUUCAAAAUAAAUCCAGAUUCAUGAAACAGACUGUAGCUUGUAAAUAUGAUUUAUUACACGACUGUUGCACUGGAUUAUAGAACGAGUAAAUUAUUGUGUGUGAAGUGAAUUAAAUGAAAGUGACAUUUUAAAAAACAGACUAAUCAUUGAAGUGAAAACUUCAAAAUGUGCAAAACUUACUGGCUGGAGCUUCUGUUUUAUUUAUUAGCUAAUUGACACUUUGCACGUCUUGACCAUUCAAUGGUCAUUCUGAGCAUUUUUUGUUCACUAAUAUCAAUAUAAUAAAACAUUUCAUUUAUAAAGUGCUUUCCUAGACUCUUAACGGCAACAACAAAACCAAAAGAGCAGUAUUUUUCUUCAUGUUUUUAUUUGUCUGCAGAGUUUGUUUCCCCCCGAAAUCUAAUUGCUGCUCGUAAAUAGUUGCAUAUGAACUUAAU